ACUGCACUUUCAGAACGCCAGGUCCUUCCCUGGCAGACCUAAGUGGCACAUCCUGCAUUGGCCUGGGCCCCUAACCCUGGAUUCGAGGUGUCCUGGCCCCCGGCUGGCCUGCGACUGUCCCCAGCUGGAUGGAGCCAUGGCUCCCACCUUCUUGCUGCUGCUGCCCCCGCUGCUGUGGUUCCAGGGCCCUGUUUCAGGUGUCCCUGUCGAGAACGUGUACACUAAAGUGCAGCACUUUGAAGGGGAGACUCUGUCUGUGCAAUGCUCCUAUAAGAGCCGCAAAAACCACGUGGAGGGCAAGGUAUGGUGCAAAAUCAGGAGGAAGAGAUGUGAGCCUGGAUUUGCCCGGGGCUGGGUGCAGGGGCCGCGCUACCUGCUGCAGGAUGAUGCCAAGGCCAAGGAGGUCAAGAUCACCAUGGCGGCCCUCAGGCACCAGGACUCCGGCCGGUACUGGUGCAUGCGCAAUAGCUCUGGGACCCUGUACCCCCUGAUGGGCUUCCUGCUGGAAGUGUCUCCAGCCUCCACGACCAAGAGAAGCAUUCCUCUUAGACCUCUGGCCAAUAUCCUCAAGAGUGGAAUUGUUGUCACAUCGGGCCCAGCCUCCACCUCAGGCCCUGAUGCCCCUUUCACCACCAGCAUGACAGUGCUCACACCUGGCCUCCUCACCUUGACCAGACUCGUGCCCCCUACUGCCUCAGAGUCCAUCAGACUGACCUCCAUGACGGGCUUCAGCUUCACCGGCACUGGCCCUUCCGCCGCAGGGCCCAGGAGGACCGUGGAAUCCCAGACAGUGACUGUGUCUCCCAGUGAUGCCAGAGCCUCCUCUGCUGGCCCAGCAUCCAUGUCCACCAGGGCUGGGCACCUGCACACCAGAUCGCCCACCACAGGAAUGUGCCACACUAGCGGGGCUCUCCUCAACAAAUUAUCCCCUAUCAGGCACCAGGAUUCGUAUCCCACUGUUCUCCUGGGGAUGCUGAUCUUCCUCCCAGUGUCUGUGAUGUUGAUCCUGGUCUAUGGGUUCUGGAAGAAGAGACACAUGGGAAGCUACAGGGUGUGCAGUGAUCCUGCUAGACCCUGGAGGGACCCACUUGGAAGACUGGAGCCUCCAUGGAAGCCUGCUUGGUCUGAGGCCACUUAAAUAUGGAGUGUGUGAGCUCCUCCUGGAGGGGCCUUUGGAGGCCAGAGGAGAGUGAAGAUGGGGACCUGUCUGAACUGGAGCCAGGCUGAGGACUUGCUCAAGGCUGGACUCAGGCCUCCCCAGAACCAGAGGCUGCUCUUCACCUGCUCAGUCCCCUUGAGCUGCCAGGAACCUGGGACAACCCCCAGAUUGGGGAGUACAAGGCAGGAAACCCCAGGGGAAGCCACUGAGGGGAUUCUGCUCAGAGCCACAGAGCCCUGGGUCCCAGCUGGGUGGUGGGGAAGUCCUGAUGGUGCUGUACACAGAGAGCUCCAGGUCCCGUGGGCCUCGGAACCCCUUGCUAUGGAGCAGAGGGGAGGGAGUGGACAGGGGGAAAGAGGUCCUCUCCCCAUCUGGAACCUGUGUCUUCAGCUUCCCUCCGCUCCCCUCAAGCUUCCCAUGGGUUUGGGGAAGAAAGAGUCCCAGAGGCAACCAGUGUGUCAAGGGCCCCGUCUUGGAGGGGAAGGAACAGCGACUAAGAGCUGGAGGUCCACAGGGGUGUUGGCAGCAGGGGACCCCAGAAUGGUCCAAGUCCCCCACCCUCAAGGCCCUGCGUCCUCUGAUGGGCGUCUGCAUUUGUCCUGUCCUGACAGCAGCUGCUUGUCCCUCAAGUCCUGGGAGCCAGCAGAGCCCACCCUCCCACUGGUGCUACCCAUUGGCCAGCCCUCCCAGGUCGCCCAGACUGGCGUGUAGAGGCUGCAUUCAGGGCUUUCUCCCUCGGUUCCCAGCUCCAGGUCUGAGCUCCCACAGGAGACUGAGGGCCCUUGAGAGUCCACGGCAGGGGAGGCCACGGCUCUGAGGACCAGCCUGUCCCCAGACUGGCGUGUAGAGGCUGCACUCAGGGCUUUCUCCCUCGGUUCCCAGCUCCAGGUCUUAGCUCCCACAGGAGACUGAGGGCCCUUGAGAGUCCACGGCAGGGGAGGCCACGGCUCGAGAAAGAGUAGAUCACCCACCUUCCCCUGGGACUCAUUGUCCCCUGGGAAGAGAGGAGCUACUUGUGACCCAGCAAGCACAGCUUGGAGCAGAGCACAGCCUGGAGGGAUGCCUGGGUGGGGAAGGGGUGGGGAGAAUGGAGCCAAGGAGCCUCACCAGGGGUCCUACGGCCCUAGGAGUCUGGCCUCUGCUUCACUGGCUCUUGGCUCAGACUUGGCUUCUUCUACAAUGAAGACUGGUGAAUAUGGGCUGGAUUCGUCCCCUGGAGUAGGGGCUCCACCAGCCUGGAGCAGCUGAAAUAAGCACCUAGGGAUCGAUGUGACAUCUCCACUCUGCGCCCCGGGGCAGGGACCUCCCCGGUGCGAGAGCAAAUGUCUCAGUCAGGAGAGUGACACAGACCGGGCCUUGAUGGGUAGCUGGGGGGCCACUCCAGAAUGGACGUGGGGAGAGAGCAAGGGGCAGGAGGUAAUUCUGGGGGACAGCAGGGAGGAGGCAUCUCUGUCCUAUGUCCAGGAGAGGGCACUAGAGGAGAGACUCAGAUUGAGGAACAGAAAAGCCUGGUGCCAGGACACACACACACACACACACACACACACACACACACACACUGAAAUCCAUCGUCCUUAGCAGGAGGGUGUGGCCACGACCUUGGUGUCUAAUGGAGGGGGGCUUAACUUCCCUGGGGGAAAAUAGCUCCCGAAGAGCCACCCUCCACUCGAGAUCCUACAACAGCAUGCUGACAGCCCUGCCUCGUCUGAGAACAGGAUGUCCUGUGGGAGAGCCGCAGAGGGCUCAGGACUGGGACUCAGUGAGGCCACCUGUCACUGUGUAACCCUGUGCGAGUCACUAACCCCAUCGGGUCUCAUUUUCCUCUCUUGUGAAAAGGGACACUAACUCCUACCUCUCAAGACUGCUUUCAGGAUAAAAUGGAGUGGCCUGAACCUCACACAACUGAGUUAAUGCCUCAUGAUUGCUGGUCCUCAAGCUCUCCUCUAGCUCUAGUGGGCUUUGUCUGCAUUGAAGACCUUUGGACCCUAUUUCUCUGUUUUGCCCUCAGUUGGAAGGGGCCAGGGAGGGUUGAGGGUCACACGGUCAGGCCCCAGGUGGUGGGGGCUAGACCCAGGCGGAGGCCUUUGGCUGUGCCCUGAUGCUAGGCAGGGAAGCUGUUAGGAGACCUACCAUCCCUCUUUGCCCAGGAUAAGGGGCUCCUGGAAUGGCGUGAGCCUGCACGAGGUGCCCACCCAUGGAGCCUGCUCCCACAUGAACUCCACAGUAAGGACACAGGGCUCUGAGAAAGGGGUCCAGACCCCCUGCCCCAGCUCUCCACCUCCGAUGGGCCUGGGUGGCCUCUUUGGACCUCCAGUGCUCUGGGACAUUUUCCUCAAAGCCCCAGCCUCUCAUUUUCUCCUUCCUGUUCUUCCUCCUCUCCCUGGAGCUACAGGUGGACCCCGAGCCCCGGCAGUCGGAGAGCAGGCAGGUGCAUGGCAGGUGGGGGUAUCAAGACAGGCCGGGGCAGCCGUUGCCUUUAGUGGUAAGGCAACAAAGCCUCCUGAGCAGUGGGCUGUGAUGACGGGACACACCUGGGAAGGGCUUCCUGUCGUGACCAAGGGCAAGGACGCGGAAAGAAAACCCAGCACCGAGGGGGAUUUGCUCUGCAGAGUGUGGCAGGCAGAUCUGUCAUCGUGGGACACACAAGCCCCCGCGGGGAGGCCAGCAAGCAAGACUUAGGGUCACAGUUCUCCCACAUGGCUGCAUCAUAUUGAGUCGGUGGAUGCUCCUCCUUCAGGCUGAUGGACUUGCCCCACUGCUGGGAGCAGUGAGAGAGGAAGGCCUCCUCUGCUGGCCCCCUUUGGGGGCUGCCCCAGCUGCAGAGAGCCAGGCCCCUCCCAGGGCAGCCCGCCACCCCCCCCACCCCCAACCGGCCGCUGCAGGGUCUGAAGCCCCAACACCCCCUUGCCAUCCAGGAGAGCAUCCUGUCCUCAGAAAGCUGCACACCCUGGCCUGCUGCCUGUCCUUCCCAUCCCGGCUGGUCCCUGGGCCCUUCCAGCCUCCUGUGCUAAUCUCCACCUCACAGCCUGCGCCCCACAAACCCGACCUGCCACGCUGCAUUUUCAUGGGGUUUUCUCCUUUCUUGGUUGUAAAGAGCCUGUGGUGAUAGCUUUUCUGUAGCUUUUCUAAU